UAGUAUUGAAGUUGGUGGAGGGAAUAUACAUGGCAGACAAUGCGACGGAAGGUGACUAUUUGCGAAAUGGAUGUUUCGGCGUGGAAAGUUGUUGAAAAGUCGUUGCUGGUAUUUAGGCGCGUGCUGAAAGGCGGUCGGUGCCCAUCAACGCGUCGCGUGUUUGCAAUUCACUCUAAUUGCAAUCUGAUGCAGUAGUAUUAAUAAGCUACUCAUGAACAUGAUAUCGCGUUGCUACCAACAUUGUUGAUAUCAUGAUACCAGGGAUUAACUUGGGAUUAGUUACGUUUGAACGUUUCAUGCGUGCAGAUAUCAAAUUGCCCAAAAAUUAAAAAAAACAAUAAAAAUAAAUAAACAAAAAUGUUUGUUAGCGGUCCACAUAUAGAAAAUUCAGAUGAAUCUGAGACAGAAGAUGAUAGUGAUUUGGACCCAGAAACAAUGCUUUUGCGCCGAAGGGAAGAAUGCGAGAGAAAGGCGAGAAGAGGCGAAAUGGAUCCACGGCUCGAAUUUACUUUCCAGCUGCUCAUGGAUGCCACAAAAUUGACACGACAUGAAAUCAUGAAUCAUGUAUUUGAAGGCGAUAUGCUGGAUGAAAUAAACCAAUUGUUUCUUCCGCAUAUGCGCUCAAAACUGAUGUGGUUCUAUCAAGAUAUGGAGGAACCUGAUCCAACUCCAGUCGCAGAACCUUCGAAACCUCGUAUGCUACAACCUGGUACGAGUAAAUCAUCUAUGGCGCCUCCACCAACAAAACAAGUCAUCAAAAAGAAGAAACUUUUUUUGACUGACGGCUGGGAUGUGCCGUUGAUUGGUAUUUGUGUUUAUAUUUUCCGAACUAGUACAAACAAACAAUUACCCGAAGAAGGUUUUCAUAAGGAUUUAUACUGUGGGAUAAUCGACGCGGAAAAAAUUGGGCUUGUCACCACAAUUGAACGCAUUAUCGAGCAUGUAUUCAUGGAGGCUUUGGCACAUCCAUCGCCAGAUGCUGAUGAUGAAGCAACCAAUUGUCCAAUGAUAAAAACACAACUUUUACCUGGAUUACGCUCAUUUUGUAGCGCCCUACGUGUUUGUGAAGAAGUAGCAGGCCAGUCAAAUAUAUUCGACGAUAGCAAGAUUAUGGUAUCACAGUAUAGUUUGGACGAAUUGACUGACUUGUCAAAAAAUCCGUCGUUUAUUCGCCCGUUGGAAAUUCGCAUGAAAGCUUGGGUGAAGAAGCUUACUGAGGUUUUGAGGGAAAGUGAACAAAUACGACGCGAGACAGAUUCAUCGGGCCCGCAGGAUGAGUUAGAGUAUUGGAAAAAACGCGGCGCGCAGUUUUCACAAAUCGUUGAGAGUUUACAGGGUAGCGAGGUGAUAAAAACCAUUCUAUGUUUAGAUUACGCCAAAUCAAAAUUCCUAAAGCAAUGGCGUGAAACAGAUAAAAAGAUAACAUUUUGUUACAAUGAAGCUAUUGAUAACGCGAAAUAUAUUCAAUCAUUGGAGAAAAAUUGUCACUCAUUGUAUCUGGAUGACCCUGUAAAAAUGCAGGAUUCUUUGUUGGGUUUACUGCAGACAGUUAGAUUGAUUCAUAAUGUGUCUCAGUUUUACAAUACAUCUGAAAGAACUUCAGCUUUGAUGGUGAAAAUAACCAAUCAAAUGAUUGAAUCCUGUAAAGAUUACAUUAACAAUCGCGGGACGCAAACAAUCUGGUCCCAAAAUCGUCAAGAAAUGAAAGAAAAAUUGUUGCAUUGUAUCCAAUUAAAUUCGACUUAUCAAAAGACUUACCGAAUAGUCAAAGCACAAGAAUUGAUGCCGGAUCAAGUGCCUUUCAAUUUCUCAGAAAACUACGUCUUUGGCAAGUUUAAUGGAUUCUGCGAACGCCUGAAAAAAAUAAUUUCAAUGUUCGACGUAAUUGAUGAUUAUACUGGACUUUUCGAACGCCGUAUGGAAGGGCUUCUACUGGGUGAUAGUCUGGAGGACGCGAUUAAAAAGUUCAACGAGAUCAAAGACAUUAUAAUGAAGAAAACCUACGACUAUCUCGAUCAAAAAAACACCGCGUUUGAUGUGGAUUAUAGCGCAUUCAGGCAUCAAGUCGAAGCUUUAAUCAAACAGCUGGCGGCAAUCAUCGAAGCCAGCUUUGACAGCGUGUGGGAAACACCGCAGGGCAUUAAAUUUCUCGUGCGUUUCGAAAAAGUCGCCGCAAAAAUUCCCAUCUGCAAAAUGGAGGAGAAAUAUUCGCGAAUAUUGAAACAUGCCGAGAAAGAAGUGGAGAAAAUAAUUAAAAUGUACAAAAAACAAAAAGAUGAUCCACCCAUCCCGAUGAUGUUUCCACCCAUUGCUGGGAGAAUUAAAUGGGCAAGGUCAUUAAUAUGUCACUUGGACGAACUCAUGGAAUCCAUAACGGGUCAUGAAGUGUUAAAAACUUUACCGGCAACAAAUGACUUGUCAAAACGACACAGAACUGCAGAUCAUCUAUUGCGAAACUAUCAAGAUGAUAUUAUUGCCGUGUGGAUGAAUCAACACGUUUCGGAUGUUGAUAAAUGUCUCAAACGAAAAUUGCUGACGAUUUGUUCCGAGAAAAACAAACUCAAAGUCAACCAACAUAUUACUAUCCCACUUCUUAUCAGGGAAAGUGAUUUAAUGUUAAAAAUGGAUUUGCCAGUGCCAGUUAUUUGUUUCACCCUGUAUAAUAAGCGAGAACACUUUGGUUUCACACACGAUUCAUUACAGUUUUUAAUUAAAGAUUUUAUUCGUGCAGUACAAUCGGUUAAACCCGAAGUACGACCGUUAUUUUUACCGCAUUUAGACAAAUUGAUUAAGAUAAUAGAACCUGGUUUAAUUGAACUGGACUGGGUGUCUCAUCAAAUUCGUGAUUAUAUUCAAGACGCAAAUGAAGCAGUUGAAAGAUUUCAGAUUCUCGUGGAUCGCGUGAAUGAUGUUUACACAAAUCGUAUUUUGGAAGUUUUAAAGAAAAUGCAAGAAGUAACACUUUUAGAAUUACCUGAAAAAGGCACAACAUGGACUGUGGAAGAGUUUAAUGAUAAGAUUGAAACAAUUUGUCGUACGGCAGCCACGGAAUUGCAUAAUAAAAGUAUGAUGGUUGAACGUGCAGUAGAAGAAAUCUUGACGUUAGUUAAACAAGCAAAACUUGUUAAUGCUGAUUCAUCAACUGAAGAAUUUUUCACUGAAGAUCAUAUGGAUGUCCGACAAGAUUUAUCAGGAAAUCAACAAACCGAUUGGACUGCAAUCGAUGAAUGUUUCGAUCGUCCUCAUAUUCUAUUCGGUAAUGGAUUAAGUAAAACCCUGCAAGAAAUAGUAAAAAAUGCGGUCAAUGAGAUGCGUCGAUAUUACAGCCGGAAGGUAGUGGAUGUUUUAGUAAAAAUAACAAAACAAAGCUUGGAAGUUCUUCGCAAAACCUUUACUCUCUCGGAAGACAAGCCCGAGCAAGCAAUCUUUCUGCUCCAAGCCAUACUCCUAAUACCGAAAGUUUCGAUUCAGCCGAACUUGGAAGACGUGCAAGAAAUCGUCAGCCUCGCCGCUAAACAUAUUACUUCAGUGGCGAAAGGUGUGGCUCAAUGGUCGAGUGGCAAACCCACGACACCACCAAAACCAACCGGUUGGCGUAAGUUAGCCGGACAAAAAAACACACUCAUGGACAUUGUCUCUAACAUAAACAAGACUCAAAAAGGACCUGUGAAGACGAAAGAUGAAGAUUUUCGAACACGGCGUAGGCGAUUUUAUCGUUUAACAACUGAAGAAAAGCCAGCAUUUCCAGUUCAAGCAAAGAACUUUUACAAUCACGUGCUGGAGAAUAAGGAGAUCAUUAAAACGCUGAGUUUGUUGAGUGUCUGCAUUCUGGAUAUGAAAAAAGAAAUGACCGCUUUUAUUAUUCAAUGGCGGCCGUACAGCGUCCUGUGGAAAAAUGAGAAAUCCGCAAGAGAAUUACAGCAAAUAAAACUCACCGAGUUCGAAGAUUUAUUGGAAAAACAUCAUGAAUUAAAAAACAAGUUGGACACAGAGAAAGAAAUCCAAAUCAUAGGAAACUGCUUGGCAAUUUCAACUGAAAAGCUGAAAUAUGGUUUGUUGACUGAGAUCAGAUCUUGUACGCAUAACAUUGGGCAAGCGUUGAAGAAGAAAUACAAGCGUGAAAUGGAUUACGUCUACGCAGUGAUAAACGAAAUGGAGCGUAAAAUCGAUCGACCUAUUCGUGACCUAGACGACGUUCGCAUGAUCAUGGAUAAUCUAAAAAAGAUUCGCGACCAAGAAGUCGACAUGGAACUUAAAGUCGAACCCGUAGAGGAAGCUUUCAAUGUCCUAAAUAAAUACGAGAUUAGGGUAGAGCGUGAAAUUACUGAACAAGUGGAUAAUUUACGCGACACCUGGACACAAUUGUUGAAACACGCGUUUCAAGUGCAGAAUAAACUUUUGGACAUGCAGCCACAACUGCAGGCUGAGCUGAAAGACAACUUGGCUAAUUUCAAACAGGAUAAAAUCGAUUACUGCAACGAAUACCACACGGCCGGUCCGAUGCAGGCCGGAUUGACGCCGCGGGAGGCAUCCGAUAGACUAAUCUUGUUUCAGAACCGUUUCGAUGGCAUGUGGCGCAAGCUGCAGACGUAUCAGAGUGGUGAGGAACUUUUUGGUUUGGCGCAAACGGAUUAUCCUGAUCUGGCGCAAACUCGAAAAGAGCUUAAUUUACUUCAGAAGUUGUACAAGCUGUACAACGAUGUUAUCGAUCGUGUUAAUAGUUACUAUGACAUUCCAUGGGGAGAUGUUAAUAUUGAAGAAAUCAAUAAUGAGUUGAUGGAGUUUCAGAAUCGAUGCAGAAAAUUGCCGAAAGGGUUAAAAGAAUGGCCUGCAUUUUUUGCAUUGAAGAAAACAAUUGAUGAUUUUAAUGAUAUGUGUCCAUUAUUAGAAUUGAUGGCUAAUAAAGCAAUGAAACCAAGACAUUGGCAAAGAAUCAUGGAUUCAUUACAACACAUAUUUGAGUUUGAAUCCGACGGUUUUUGUCUUAAAAAUAUUCUGGAAGCACCGCUAUUAGUCCACAAAGAAGAUAUUGAAGAUAUUUGUAUUUCUGCAAUGAAAGAACGUGACAUUGAAGCUAAACUCAGACAAGUAACGAAUGAAUGGUCUGUUCAUGAAUUAACAUUCCAGACAUUUAAUAAUCGUGGCGAACUUUUACUACGUGGCGAUACAACGGCUGAAACUAUCGGACAACUUGAAGAUAGUUUAAUGAUUUUAGGAUCAUUACUAUCAAAUCGUUAUAAUGCUCCGUUUAAGAAACAAAUUCAGCAAUGGGUGUUUGAUUUGUCAAAUACUAAUGAAAUUCUUGAACGUUGGCUUCUCGUGCAGAAUAUGUGGGUUUAUUUGGAAGCUGUUUUUGUUGGUGGUGAUAUUGCUAAACAACUACCUAAAGAAGCAAAACGUUUUGCUAAAAUUGAUAAGUCUUGGCAAAAAAUUAUGCAACGUGCGCAUGAAACACCAGGUGUUGUAAAUUGUUGUGUUGGUGAUGAAUUAUUAAAAAAUCUAUUACCACAUUUACAAGAACAACUUGAAUUAUGUCAAAAAUCAUUAAGUGGUUAUUUAGAAAAAAAGCGUAUGAUGUUUCCACGAUUUUUCUUUGUAUCAGAUCCUGCUCUAUUGGAGAUUUUAGGCCAAGCUUCAGAUUCACAUACAAUACAAAAUCAUUUAUUGAGUAUUUUCGAUAAUACCAGAUCGGUAAAGUUUCAUGAUAUUGAGUAUAACAAAAUGACGGCAAUUAUUUCAUCAGAGGGUGAAGCAAUACCAUUGGAAAAAGCUGUGAGGGCUGAGGGAAGUGUUGAAACAUGGCUAACAGCUUUGUUGAAUACGUCACAAGCAUCACUGCAUUCUAUUAUUAGAACUGCGAAUUCUAGCAUUAACGAUCCCAAUUUUACUCUUUUGUCGUUUUUGGAUAAAAUGCCAGCGCAAAUUGGUUUGUUGGGAUUACAAAUGAUUUGGACAAGAGACGCAGAGUUGGCUUUAAUGCAAGCUAGGCAUGAUAAAAAAAUGAUGCCUGAAACAAAUAAUAAAUUUUUAGAGUUAUUGAAUACUCUGAUUGAUCAAACUACAAGAGAUUUGACAAAAAUAGAACGAACUAAAUUUGAAACGUUAAUUACGAUUCAUGUGCAUCAAAGAGACAUUUUCGACAUUUUGUGUCGAUUGAACGUUCGUCAUGUAACUGACUUCGAAUGGUUGAAACAAUGUCGAUUCUACUUUAAAGAAGAACAAGACAAAACUUUGAUCAUUAUAACUGAUGUGAUUUUCUCCUAUCAAAAUGAAUAUUUAGGCUGUACUGAUCGAUUGGUCAUUACCCCAUUAACCGACAGAUGUUAUAUUACUCUAGCACAAGCAUUAGCUAUGAGUAUGGGUGGUGCACCGUGUGGUCCUGCUGGAACAGGAAAAACAGAAACUGUCAAAGACAUGGGUAAAACUCUAGCGAAAUAUGUGGUUGUGUUUAAUUGUUCCGACCAAAUGGAUUAUCGUGGUUUGGGCAGGAUUUAUAAAGGACUAGCGCAGUCUGGCGCUUGGGGUUGUUUCGAUGAAUUUAAUCGAAUCGAGUUGCCUGUUCUGUCAGUUGCAGCGCAACAAGUUGCUGUGGUUCUAUCGGCUAAAAAAGACAAAAAGAAAUCAUUUGUUUUUACUGAUGGAGAUAUUGUCGAAAUGUGUCCUGAAUUUGGUAUUUUUAUCACAAUGAAUCCUGGUUACGCAGGACGUAAAGAACUUCCCGAGAAUCUUAAAAUUCAAUUUCGAACUGUUGCUAUGAUGGUGCCUGACCGACAAAUUAUUAUCAGAGUAAAACUUGCCAGUUGUGGCUUCUUGGAAAAUAUUACGUUGGCUCGAAAGUUCUAUACCCUUUACAAAUUGUGCGAGGAACAAUUGACAAAACAAGUCCAUUACGACUUUGGUUUGAGAAAUAUUCUCUCGGUGUUGCGAAGUUUGGGCGCUGCUAAACGAGUAAACAAUAAAGACACCGAGAGUACUAUUGUGAUGAGAGUUUUAAGGGAUAUGAAUUUGUCCAAACUGAUUGAUGAAGAUGAACCAUUGUUUAUUUCUUUGGUUGCGGAUCUUUUCCCGAAUCAGGCUUUAGAGAAAACUGUUUACGCCGAUUUGGAGCAAGCUAUUAAUGAUGAAGUUGAAAAAGCCGGACUAAUUAAUCAUCCACCUUGGGUUUUAAAAUUAAUUCAAUUAUAUGAAACACAAAGAGUUCGUCAUGGUAUAAUGACUCUUGGACCUUCAGGAGCUGGAAAAACUACUUGUCUACAAACUUUGAUGAGAUCUUUGACAGAAAUGGGUUUUUAUCACAGGGAAAUGAGAAUGAAUCCGAAAGCUAUAACAGCAGCACAAAUGUUUGGUCGACUUGACGUGGCAACAAACGACUGGACAGACGGAAUAUUCUCUGCUUUAUGGCGUAAAACACUCAAACUCAAACAUGGCGAACACGUUUGGAUUGUUUUAGACGGACCUGUAGAUUCUAUCUGGAUAGAAAACUUAAAUUCUGUCCUUGACGAUAAUAAAACUCUAACUCUUGCCAAUGGAGAUCGCCUAUCAAUGGCACCAACAGUAAAAAUCAUGUUUGAGCCUCAUAAUAUUGACAAUGCUUCACCAGCGACUGUUUCACGCAACGGAAUGGUUUACAUGAGUUCAUCCGGUCUUAAUUGGAAACCUGUGGUUGUUGCAUGGCUUAAAAAACGCAGCCAAAAAGAAAAAGAUGUACUGGAUCCUUUGUUCGAAGAAACAUUUCUAUCUAUUUAUGCCUGGUGCACUCAAAACUUAAAUUUAGUUAUGAAUGUUUUACAGUGUAACAUAACACAACAAGUGUUAUGUCUCCUAGAAGGUUUAAUACCAAUACAAGUUCAAGAAGAGGAAGUAGAUGUAAAACCAGAAAACGAUUUGGAUGAUGACCUCGGAGAGGAAACCGAAGUUAAAGAAACUGUUAAAAUAUACACUGAUGACCACCUUCGUAAAAUAUAUGUUUUUGCACUCACGUGGGGCUUAGGUGCAUUUUUAGAAAACCAAGACCGUAAAAAAUAUGACCACCAUAUACGUACUAACUAUAAAUUGGACAUACCCAAACGAAAUCCAAAAAUUGAAGACACAGUAUUUGAUUAUGUUGUAGAUGAGGAUGGUAAUUGGCAACCGUGGACAAACUUAGUUUCAAAUUAUGUUUAUCCAGAAACAGCAACACCAGAAUUUGCCGCUAUUUUGAUUCCUAUCAUAGACAACGUACGAAUAAAUUAUUUGAUUGAAUGUAUUGUCAAACAAGACAAACGUGUUAUACUCAUUGGUGAACAAGGUUCUGCCAAAACCGUUAUGAUGAAGUCUUUUAUGAAGAAUUGCAACCCAGAGCAGUACCUCAAUAGAGCAUUCAACUUCUCCAGUGCUACUACACCCUACCAAUUCCAGAAAACAAUUGAAAGCUAUGUUGAAAAACGAAUGGGUAGUACAUUUGGUCCACCUGGUGGCAAGAAAAUGAUUGUAUUCAUUGAUGAUAUCAAUCUACCAGAAAUUAAUUGUUGGGGUGAUCAAAUAACGAACGAAAUUGUUAGACAGACAAUUGAUAUGGGUGGAUUCUACAGUUUAGAAAAGCCUGGUGACUUUACAAGUAUAACAGACGUACACUUCGUGGCUGCUAUGAGUCAACCAGGUGGUGGUAGAAAUGAUAUUCCGUCAAGAUUGAAACGACAAUUUAAUAUUUUCAAUUGUUGCAUGCCUACGGAUCAAAGCAUUGAUAAAAUCUUUGGAAUAAUUGGUCAAGGGCAUUACAACUCAAAACGAGGUUUUGCUGUUGAUGUAAGAAAUAUGAUCAAGAAAUUAGUUCCUCUUACAAGAACACUUUGGAGAAUUACCAGGGAAAAGCUACUACCUACUCCUGCUAAAUUUCAUUACGUGUUCAGUUUACGAGAUUUGUCGAAAAUUUGGCAAGGCAUGGUUGGCACUCUGCCAACUGUAAUUGAAUCUGAUGCUUGUUUACUGAUUCUGUGGAAACAUGAAUGUACAAGAGUGUUUUCCGACAGGUUUACUAUCAUGGACGAUAAGACUUGGUUCGAUGAAGCUUUGUUAGACUUAGUAGAACGAGAAUUGGGAGCUGACAAUAGAGUCAAAGCAGAACCAUCGCCAGUUUUUGUUGAUUUUAUGAGAGAUGCUCCGGAACCAACUGGAGAAGAAGGUGAAGAUGCAGAUAUGGAGUUACCAAAAGUGUAUGAACCAGUUUUUAAAGAUCAAGAUCUACGUGAUCGGCUGGAUAUGUUCUUGGCACAGUUUAACGAAAUGGUACGGGGUGCAGGUAUGGAUUUAGUGUUUUUCCCGGACGCCAUGUUGCAUUUGGUGAAAAUAUCAAGAGUUAUCAGACAUCCAAGAGGAAAUGUUAUGUUGGUGGGUGUUGGAGGUAGCGGAAAACAGUCGCUAACUAAAUUAUCUUCAUUCAUUGCUGGAUAUAAAUCUUUCCAAAUCAGUUUGACACGUUCAUACAACAUAGGCAACUUCUUAGAAGAUUUGAAAGUGUUGUAUAGAUCUUGUGGUUGUCAAGGAAAAGGCACCACCUUUAUAUUCACUGAUUUAGAUAUAAAAGAAGAAGGUUUCUUGGAAUACUUAAACAAUAUUCUCUCAUGCGGUGUUAUAUCUAACUUAUACAACAAAGAUGAACAGGCAGAGAUUAUUCAAGAGCUAAGUCCAAUUAUGCGACGAGAAAAUCCCAAACGUACAUUAAAUCACGAAGUCGUCAUGGAAUACUUUAUGAAUCGCACUGUACAAAAUCUACAUGUUGUAUUCUGUUUCUCACCAGUUGGUGAAAAGUUCCGUACGAGAGCUCUGCGUUUCCCAGCAUUGAUAACAGGUUGCACAAUUGAUUGGUUUCAACCAUGGCCUAAAGAUGCACUAGUCUCCGUAGCACAACAUUUCCUCACGGAAUUCCAAAUCAAAUGUACGGAUGAAAUAAAACUGGAACUUGUUAAUGCUCUGGGUGGUAUUCAAGAUGAAGUUGCUGAGACUAGUGCUGAAUAUUUUCAACGCUUCCGACGUGCUACGCAUGUCACUCCAAAGAGUUAUUUAAAUUUUAUUGCGGGUUAUAAAAGCAUUUACAGCUGUACUAAAGACGAAUUAAGUAAUGGCGCACUGCGAAUGGAUACAGGAUUAGAAAAACUAGCGGAAGCAAGUAUAUCAGUCGGAUUAUUAAAGAAGGAUUUGGCAGUAAUGGAGGAAGAGUUGGCAGAAGCUUCCAAAAGGGCUGAGAAAGUUUUAACUGAAGUUACAGAUAGAGCUAUGCAAGCUGAACAAGUGAAGAAUCAAGUACAAAUUGUUAAAGAAAAGGCUCAGGCUUUAGUUGCACAAAUUAAUCAUGAGAAAGCAAUCGCUGAAGAAAAAUUGGAAGCUGCAAAACCUGCUUUAGAGGAAGCGGAGAGUGCUUUGAAUACAAUUAAACCGGCACAUAUUGCAACUGUUAGGAAACUUGGUAGACCUCCACAUUUAAUUAUGCGAAUCAUGGACAGUGUUUUGAUUUUAUUCCAACGUAAACUUCAUGCUGUGAUAUCAGAUCCAGCGGCACCGUCGCCAAAACCAUCUUGGGCUGAAUCAUUAAAAUUAAUGGCAUCUGCAACAUUUCUCCUCCAGUUGCAAAAUUACCCUAAAGAUUUCAUAAACGCCGAAAUGGUCGACCUUCUCGAACCAUAUUUUAAUAUGGAAGACUAUAACAUGGACACAGCUAAACGCGUGUGCGGAGAUGUCGCUGGCCUUCUGUCAUGGACCAAAGCAAUGUCGUUCUUCCACAGCGUCAAUAAAGAAGUUUUGCCGUUAAAAGCGAAUCUCCGCUUGCAGGAAGCGCGUCUGAAAGUAGCAAUGGAGGAUUUGGCAAAUGCUGAGCGAGAAUUGGAGGAAAGAGAACAGUCGUUAAUGGCCGUCAAGGCACAGUACGAUACGGCAGUAAUGGAGAAACAACGACUGACUGACGCUGCCAACAAUUGCUUGAGGAAAAUGAACACUGCGACGGCAUUGAUUAACGGAUUAGGCGGCGAGAAGAUACGUUGGACGAUGCAGAGUAAGGAGUUUAAGGAACAAUUGGGUCGACUUGUCGGUGAUGUUGUAUUAGCAACCGGAUUUCUAUCUUAUUGCGGCCCAUAUAAUCAAGAAUUUCGUGCAAAUCUCGUAAACACAUGGAUGGAGAUAUUAAGUUCAAAAGAAAUCCCAUUCACGAAAAACUUAAAUAUUACUAAUAUGUUAGUAGAAAAUUCAGUUGUUUCCGAAUGGACUCUUCAAGGUUUACCUAACGAUGAACUUUCCGUGCAAAAUGCGCUGAUUGUAACAAAAUCACGCUCGUAUCCAUUGUUAAUUGAUCCUCAGACGCAAGGUAAAAUGUGGAUCAAAAACAAAGAAGCGAAUAAUAAUCUGCAGAUUACUUCGCUGAACCAUAAAUAUUUUAGAACUCAUUUAGAAGAUUGCCUUUCUUUAGGAAGGCCUCUACUGAUAGAAGACAUUGACGUCGAGUUAGAUCCAGUAAUCGAUAAUGUCUUAGAGAAGAACUUCAUUAAAUCUGGCUCCAUUGAGAAGGUUAUUGUCGGAGACAAGGAGUGUGACGUCAUGAAAGGAUUUAUGUUGUACAUAACUACGAAGUUGCCGAAUCCACCCUACUCCCCGGAGAUUAGCGCUAAGACGGCGAUUAUUGAUUUCACUGUCACGCGAUUAGGUCUUGAAGAUCAACUUCUUGGUAGAGUUAUAUUAAUGGAAAAAUCUGAUUUGGAAGCUGAAAGAGUUGCUCUCUUUGAAAGCGUGAUGCAGAAUCAGAAACGCAUGAAAGAUUUAGAAACGAAUCUUUUAUGUCGUUUAAAUUCAACGCAAGGUUCUUUAGUAGACGACGAAGAACUUAUAAAUGUAUUGCAAGUGACAAAAACCACAGCGGAAGAAGUCAAUGAAAAACUAUCUGUUUCUGUUCAUACUGAAAGAAAAAUUAAUACGGCUCGUGAAGAGUUUCGGUCAGUUGCGGCCCGUGGUUCAAUUCUUUACUUUUUGAUCGUGGAGAUGAGUAAUGUUAAUGUAAUGUAUCAAAACUCUUUGAAACAGUUUCUGAAUAUCUUCGAUAAUUCCAUUACAAAAUCCGAGAAAAGUUCUGAUACCGAUGAACGAAUCGAUAUUAUUUUGAAGUAUUUGACGUACGAGGUGUGGAAGUUCACGCAGAGAAGUCUUUAUGAGAAACACAAAACUUUGUUUACGUUGAUGAUGGCUAUGAAGAUUGAUUUACAGAAUAAUGUUAUCACACAUGAUGAAUUUUUGGCUUUUAUUAAAGGCGGCGCUUCACUGGAUUUAAAUGCAGUUGUACCGAAACCAUUUAGAUGGAUUUUGGAUAUUACAUGGUUGAAUUUGGUGGAAAUUAAUAAACUGGAGAGUUUUAAAGAAAUAUUAAAUGAUAUCGGUGACAAUGAAAAAGAAUGGCGUGUUUGGUAUGAGAAAGAAAAACCGGAACAGGAAAUAAUUCCAUGUGGAUAUGAGAAAUCCUUAGAUGUUUUUCGAAAGCUAUUAUUGAUUAGAAGCUGGAGUCCAGAUAGAACUGUGUCUCAAGCUAGACAAUACUUAAUGGAUUCAUUGGGUCCUCAGUAUGGAGAAGCUUGUUUGCUAGAUUUAGAAGUAACUUGGCUUGAAUCUGAACCACGCACACCGCUUAUUUGCAUUUUAUCAAUAGGAUCUGAUCCCUCACCACAAAUAACCACCUUAGCAAAAACUAAAGAAAUACCAUUAAAAUCAGUAUCAAUGGGUCAAGGACAAGAAGUUGUUGCUAAAGAUAUGAUAGAGACGUCUAUGGCCGAUGGCGGUUGGGUGUUGUUACAAAACAUUCACUUAUCGUUACCAUUUGCCACCGAUGUAAUGACAAUGGUCAUAGACACAGAAAGCGUGCAUGAAACUUUCCGUGUUUGGCUGACGACAGAAGUUCACGAACAAUUUCCUAUCGGAUUGCUACAAAUGGCAAUCAAAUUCACGAAUGAACCUCCGCAGGGCAUUCGUGCUAGUAUGAAACGGACCUAUCAAAGCAUCACACAGGAUUAUUUGGAUUAUUCCUCGCAAUAUCAAUGGCCACCAUUAUUGUAUGCUGUUGCGUUUAUCCACACAGUAGUGCAGGAGCGUAGGAAGUUUGGUCCACUUGGCUGGAACGUUCCGUACGAAUUUAAUCAAGCGGAUUUUGCGGCUUGCGUUCAGUUCGUGCAAAAUCAUUUGGAUGACAUGGAUUCCAAGAAGGGAGUUUCAUGGCCGACUAUUUGUUAUAUGUUAGGAGAAGUUCAAUAUGGCGGAAGGGUUACUGAUGAUUUUGAUAAACGCUUAUUAACCACAUUUACUCAAGUCUGGUUUUGUGAUGUGCUAUUACGGCCAGGGUUUGAAUUCUACAAAGGUUAUAAAGUCCCACAAACACGAAAUUUACAAGGGUAUAUUGAUUAUAUCAAUAGUUUGCCUGCGACGGAUACUCCAGAAGUGUUUGGAUUGCAUUCGAAUGCAGAUAUUACUUAUCAAAUCAACAGCGCGAAAGGUAUACUUGAUACUAUAUUGAGCGUUCAACCAAAGGAAGGUGGUAGUCAAGGUGGUGAAACACGCGAAUCAAUUGUUUAUUCACUAGCUGAAGAUAUGCUCGAAAAGUUACCGCCACAAUACAAUAGUUUCGAAGUGAAAGAAGCUUUACAGCGAAUGGGAGCUUUGUUACCUAUGAACAUAUUUCUCCGACAGGAAAUCGAUCGCAUUCAAAAAGUGAUUAAAGAAGUUUACAACACGUUAUGCGAUUUGAAGUUGGCUAUAGACGGCACUAUUGUUAUGAGUCAGGCAUUAAGAGCUGCAUUGGAUGCAAUGUACGAUGCACGAAUACCUGACCGAUGGUUAAAAAUAUCUUGGGAAUCAGCAACACUUGGUUUUUGGUAUACAGAGUUGUUGGAACGCGAUGUACAAUUCCGCAACUGGUGUGAAAAAGGCCGUCCUAACGCGUUUUGGAUGACAGGAUUUUUUAAUCCACAAGGAUUCUUAACAGCAAUGAGACAAGAUGUAACUAGAGCUCAUAAAGGUUGGGCACUUGACUCCGUUGUUCUGCAAAAUCAAAUUACAAAACAUAAUCGCGAAGAUAUUAAAGAAGGUCCCACAGAGGGAGUGUAUGUCUAUGGCUUGUUCCUAGAGGGUGCCAGUCUAGACCGGAAAAGUGGAAAGUUGAUUGAGAGCAGAAUCAAAGUGCUAUAUGAACAAAUGCCGGUCAUUUACAUAUACGCAAUAAACACGACCGCCGGUAAAGAUCCUAAAUUAUACGAAUGUCCGAUUUACCGAAAACCGCAACGUACAGAUCAAAAAUAUGUUGGAUCCAUUGAUUUUGAAACAGAUCACAAUCCAAGACAUUGGACACUUAGAGGUGUUGCUCUGUUGUGUGACAUCAAGUAAAAACACACUUUUCUCAAAUUACCAGUAAUGUGCAAUUAUUUCUGAAGUAAAGGCAUUAAAGUUAGUGAUAAAUUAUACAUUAAAUGAAACAUAAUUAUAGAAUGAGUCAAAAAAGCUUCCAGAUGAAAAUAAACACUAUAGUUUAUGCUUUCAA